UUAAUCAAAAUUCAUAUAUCAAUUCACAUGGAACAAAAUGCAACUUGGGGUGUUGCCCUAAAGUCUCAACUCAGUCUCUAUUAAGAUCCAUCUUCAAGUAAAAGGAAGAAGAAGAAGAAGAAGAAAGGGCGAAAUCGAAGAGAAGAGAAGAGAAGAGGAGAUGUACCCGCAAACGCGGAGGCAGUUAGCAGUGACGGCGGCGUUGUUUGUGGCAGGAGUGUCGUUUAUGGGCGUGGGAGCUCACCUUGCCUAUUCCAAUCUCGACGCCGAACAAGCUCGCCUCAAAGCUCGUAGGGAUUUCGUCAAAGAUCGCCUCAGAAAACUCAUCGACGAGGACGACUGAACUUCUCACAAUACUCUGCAAUCUGGGUCUCCAAUGGCUUCUCUCCAAAAAGGUGUGUUUUACAAUUACAACGAUAUCCCUUGUGAUUUUCUUGGGGACAUUCUCUCAAGACUCGAUGUCAAAUCUCUUAAACGAUGCGAGUGUGUCUCUAAAUCUUGGCUCUCUCUGCUAAGGACCCAAUAUUUCAACGAUCUCCACCUCAAGCGUCAACUACCUUGUGUAGUUUUUCUCCAUAAAAAGGUUAGAAGGUUCGAUCAUCAUUUAUCCAUUUGUGAAGGGCAAAGUUUUGUUGAGAUUUCUUUACAGAAAUUUCCCUUUUUUGAAAUGGAUCAACCACCGUUGUUAUUAUUUAUGGGCAGUGAUAAUGGUGUAUUAGGCCUUUAUGACUUAAGAACUAAAGCUGUUUAUUUAUGGAACCCGACUAUUAAUGAGUCUAAAGAACUACCUCCUUCUCCUGAGUUGGGAAGUAAUCAUUCUGAGCUUGGGCUUGGUUAUGAUCCCUUGACCAGUAAUUUCAAAGUGGUAAAGGUCUCAUCUCUUGAUAAGAAUGGUAUUGUUGGCACUGGUAAUAAGUUUAAAGAAGGUAACCAAAUUGGGAUUUAUAGUUUGAGAAGCAAUUCAUGGAAAACAAUGGCAAUGCCUAACAUAUUUUCAGAAUUUCAAUCUUCCUCUACUUCUGAUAUAACUAUUUAUACAUCUUUAGGUUGCUCCAUUGUUGUUAAUGAGUGCAUUCAUUGGAUGAUUUGCUUUGGCAAUACAACUGUUCAUCACCAAACAUCUUUAGGAAUAGUUUCCUUUGAUAUAAGUAUGGAAAAUUUUAGGCUUAUAAAGUCACCUCAGAGUGUAAAAGGACCUAAUGUCAAGAAGCUAGCUAACUUUUCUGGGUGUCUUUCCUUUUUCACUUUGAAUGAAGUCCAAGUAGUGGACAUUUGGGUUUUGAAGAAAUAUGAUGACUCUGAUUCUUGGUUCAAAUAUUUUUCAGUCAAUUUUUUGAGUCUUCUUCCAAAUACUUUUGGUCAACAUUCUAGCUAUGUUCCUAAAGAGUUUUUGAGUAAUGGAAAUCUUGUAAUUUGUAGUUCUGAAGCUGAUUAUUGGUAUUGGUAUGAUACCAAGAAUAAUAGGAUUAAAAAUAUGGAUGAAAGAUAUUGUGUGUCGGGCAUCACCACAUAUGUUGAGAGUGCUUAUAAGUUAAAGGGUUGAGAACUCCAUGUGGAUAUGUUGUUCAUCGAUGAUGCAAAGACUUACAGCACAUGGUUCUCUACUUGGGUUCUGUGACUAUUGAGUGGUUUAUAAUUGAUGUCACUUGCUGGGGUUGCUGAUGCAUUUUUGGACAGCUGUUUCUGGUCCUUAGACAUGAGCCUAACUCUUUGGUUUAAGCUCCUAAUGUAGCUAGCAACUUGGGGCUGUACUUUAAAUGGUCUUUAUUCUCUCACAUUUGUUGGACGACUGUUCCCAAAGUUACAUUCUUUAUGAUUGAUGAGUUUGUUUAUAUUACUUUGCCUGUGUUGUGAGCAUGUUUCUUGAGUUGAGUUUGAUAAUUUGCUAUAAAAAAUGCUUAAAAACAAUAUAAUAAGCUAUAAAUAAAAAGUGGAAUUUCUAGAUUAUAAUUUCAAA